UUCUAUUCUCUGGAUCCCUCUGAGGUAGAGUGAAGCACGCAGUUUGUAUUUGUAACAUAGUAUUGUUGACCGUUGUGUUGGUAUUUCUAUACUCAACUACCCCAGAGUUAGGUGGGGGUCAAGCUAAGCUCAACUACCUCUCACAACUUAAUACCGCCGUAGUACGCUUACAACUUUGAAGGAGAGAAAGAGAUAUGGCAAAGAAGAAGAUAAGUGAUUUGCGAGUCGACGAUUUUGUAAAGGCCGGCUUAUCAGCGGCUGAAGCCAACCUAUUGAACCAACGGCUGCUCUCUCUCUCACUCUCCUCUUCCUCCGAUCCUAGUGACACGUGGCGUCACCUCGUGAGCCGCAGAGUCCUUAAACCCUCACACCCUUAUCCUCUCCACCAGCUUCUGUACUAUACCAUUUAUUCUUCUCACCAUUCUUCUUCUCCUCCUCUUUAUUGGUUCCCUUCUCUAGAGCAGGCUAGACGCACCAACCUCGGUCGUCUCAUGGAAAUUCACGGUUCUAAGCUUUUGGGAGAAUCCUCCUACAAAGAUCCUAUUACUAGUUUCCCUCUUUUUCAUAACUUCUCUGUUCAACACCCCGAGGUGUACUGGUCUCUUGUUCUCAAUGAACUUUCUAUUUCCUUUGUUGAACCUCCAAAUUGCAUUUUAGAUACUUCUUCUCACCCUUCAAAACACAGUGGAACUUGGCUUCCUGGUUCUGUCCUUAAUAUUGCUGAUUGCUGUUUGCAACCCAGCUCCCACCCUAACAAACAGGAUGACAGUAUAGCCAUCGUUUGGAGGAGUGAAGGAUUUGACGACUCUGAGGUUAAUCAAAUCACUCUCAAACAACUUCGACACCAAGUCAUGUUGGUGGCGAAUGCAAUAGAUGCCAAUUUCUCAAAGGGUGAUGCAAUUGCAAUUGACAUGCAAAUGACAGUCAAUGCUGUCAUUAUAUAUCUAGCUAUUGUUUUAGCAGGAUGUGUUGUGGUAUCAAUAGCUGAUAGCUUUGCACCAAAAGAAAUUGCAACUCGCCUCCGUGUUUCUGAUGCAAAGGGUAUUUUCACGCAGGAUUUCAUAUCAAGAGGUGGCAAGAAAUUUCCUUUGUACAGUCGAGUCAUUGAGGCCGCUGCAUGUAAGGUUAUUGUGCUCCCUGUGAUAGGCAAUGACGUUGGAGUACAAUUAAGAGAACAGGAUUCAUCAUGGAAGAGUUUUCUUUCUUCUGGCAAGCAGCAUCCCAGGUCACAUCAUUACUCUCCAAUCUAUCAAUCAAUUGAUUCUGUAACUAACAUACUUUUCUCAUCUGGAACCACAGGGGAUCCAAAAGCAAUUCCUUGGACUCAACUUUCACCCAUACGAAGUGCUGCAGAUGGAUGGGCUUUUAUUGAUAUUCAACCUGGAGAUGUCUAUUGCUGGCCUACAAAUUUAGGAUGGGUGAUGGGACCAACUAUUAUAUAUUCAUGCUUUCUAUCUGGUGCAACUCUUGCUCUGUACCAUGGAUCUCCACUAGGUCAUGGUUUUGGAAAAUUUGUUCAGGAUGCAGGUGUUACCAUUUUGGGUACAGUUCCAAGCUUAGUAAAAACAUGGAAGAAUACACAGUGUAUGGAGGGCUUGGAUUGGACAAAGAUAAAAACAUUUUGUUCGACUGGAGAAACUUCAAAUGUUGAUGAUGACCUUUGGCUUUCUUCAAAAUCUUAUUACAAACCCAUAAUUGAAUGUUGUGGGGGCACUGAGCUGGGAUCUAGUUACAUCAUAGGGAGUCUACUACAGCCUCAAGCUUUUGGAGCAUUUAGCACUGCAUCAAUGACAACUGGUUUGGUCAUCCUUGAUGAAAAUGGAGUUCCUUAUCCAGAUGAUGUUCCUUGUGUUGGUGAAGUGGGCUUAUUUCCUGUAUAUAUGGGAGCAACUGAUAGAUUGCUUAACGCCGAUAAUGAGGAGGUCUAUUUUAAAGGGAUGCCCCUUUACAAAGGAAAGGUUCUUAGGAGACAUGGAGAUAUAAUCAAAAGAACUGUAGGAGGCUAUUUUGUUGUACAAGGGAGGGCCGAUGAUACCAUGAAUCUUGGUGGAAUAAAGACAAGUUCUGUAGAAAUUGAGCGCGUAUGUGAUAAGGCCGAUGAAUGCAUUUUGGAGACAGCUGCAAUCAGUGUUUCUCCUGCAAAUGGAGGUCCAGAACAACUGAUCAUACUUGUAGUUUUAAGGAAAGGAUACAGUUCCAGCGCCGAAGCUCUAAAGAAGAAAUUCUCCAAGGCCAUUCAAACCAACCUUAAUCCUUUAUUCAAGGUAAGCCUUGUUAAAAUUGUGCCUACGUUUCCUCGAACAGCUUCCAACAAAUUACUGAGGAGAGUUCUGAGAGAUCAAAUGAAACACGAGCUAUCAGUUCAUAGCAGACUUUAGUGACAUUAUUAAUUCGCUAUGGACCAGGGCAUGGGUCAAGGUUCAGUUCAUUUCAUUUCAUGUGGAAAUAGUAUGAUGAUGUAUCACUGUAGUAAGUAUGACAAUGUCUCUAUCAGUAAAAGACAUUAAGAAAUAAUGAAAUUAAUUCAUUGAAUGAACUGAUAUCUGAUUGCAAGUGGGUUUUUAAAUAUGCAAGAAAUAAUGUCGGUAUCUUUUACUGAA